AUGUCCAAACAUCCAUCAUCAUCUGGUACCGAACCCUCCCAACAUGCAAAGACUCCAUCCAUGGAGUUUGAAGAUGAAGACGUGAUGGACGUCACUCCUCUGUGCAUGAUACCGGGCGACACCACAGGUCCUUCCUCCAAUACUGGAGAUAGGCAAGGUAAUACCUCUGGUAACUCCUCUCUUCCUAAAGACAUGUAUUAUGCUGAUCGUGCUAUAAGGAAACUAGUCACGAGAAUUCUGAGUGAAGGGCACAAAGUUGAAGGGGUUUCUACCCCUCUGUCCAGAAGGGAACCCUCUCCUGAGGGAGAACCCCAUGCUGAUAAAGAUGAUGAUUCAUCUAGAUCAGAAAAGGAGGUUGCUGCUGAAGGGCUUUGCUCUCUAGGUAAAACCCUACCUAGCAAGAAACCAAAUGUGCCUCAAGAAAAGAUUAUUGACCUAGAGGAAGGAAGCACUAAAAGAGAGGAUGAUCCUUUGGUUCAUCUGGUAAAACCUAGUGUAGCUGAAAAACUGAGAACUAAGAAAGGAAAAAGUGUGGCUAAAAUGAGAGUUGCUAGAGUGAAAAAGACUGCAGAUGGAGCAGCAAAGUGGAAAUAUGUCAUUCAUAGAAGAGUAGCCAUUGAAAGAGAACUUGGACAAGAAGCUGUAGAGGUAAAUGAGGUAAUUGAGUUGAUAAAAAAUGUUGGACUCAUGAAGACUGUGGUAACCAAUGCUAUGAGGGGUUAG